GGAUGAAGAAGUGCUUCUUAAAGUCCGGAUGAUGCAAUACCGGUGCGCUGGCAGUCUGUGAGAGGGGCUGAAAGUGCCGAAAAAUUACGGAUGAAUCGCCGAUACCAGCCCCUCGUACCCAAAAAUCUCCUGACUUGCCUCACGUUGCCUCUCCUCAGUGCGCCAUCGCCCACGAUGUACCCCAGGUAUUUCAGGUACUUGUAGCAGAACUUUGACUUUUUCUUCCCUAUUGUCAGGUUUGCCGUCUCCAGGCACUUUGCGACUUCCUCUAGUAGCUUCACGUGCUCCUCAAACGUUCGGGAAAUCACCAACAGGUCGUCCAAAUACACAAACACGUGGCUUCGGAGUCGCUGCGGGAUAACCCGGUCAACCGACACAACCGCUGGGCUGCGUUACACAAACCGAACGGCAUUGACUUAAACUGAUAGAGUGGUCUCCCUGGAACCGUAAACGCCGUAUACGUCCUACUCUCCGGCUCCAGCUCUAUCUGCCAAAACGCGUGCUUCAGGUCGAUGCUACUAAUGAACACGGUGUCCUCCACACGACUCAGGAUCGACUCGAUACUCUGAAGCGGGUACGCAUCUUUGACGGUCAGAGUAUUCAGCUUCCGUGCAUCCAAACACAACCGGUUCUUCCCCGGCUUACGGACCAGAGUCACCCGAUUGCUCCACGGGCUUUCGCUCAGCUCGAUUACUCCAAGACGCAACAUUUCGUCGACUUCGGCAAACAACAGCUCCUGUACCGCCGGAGAUACUGGGUAAAAGCGUUCCUUCACAGGCACGGCUCCCUCCACCAGACGUAUCUCGUGUUUUACCAUCGUCGUCCUUCCCAAUCCGUGCUUGUCAAAACACCGAAAUUUGUCCUUCACCUGUUCCAUGCGUAUUUGCUGCGACUGGGUUAAGUCAUGAGGUUCCGUCGGUCUACUUCUCGUCAGCAGUUCUGCCUCGAUCUCUUCUAAUUCCUCUUCUCGUUCCAGGCCUACUAUCUGCGGAGCCAAUCCAAACUUUCGCCAGAAAUCGACCCCCAGAUACAGUGAUUGCUUCAAUGACGGACACAAGAAUAACUCCAUCGGGUGUUUCUGGCCUUUGUAUGCCAUCACUACCAUCACACGGCCUAGGAUCUGAUGAGGCUCACUGAUGCCCCCGUAUCGAGCAGUCCCAUCAGCGUCUUCGGGCCCAGACUCACGUGCGCAAACGGCCUGUCGUCCCGGCUUACUGCAGAACGGAUUGCUGCACAUAUGCCACGUCGUUUCCUCUGGCGUAUCCGGAAUCGGUCCCGAGCCCUCUGUACUCUAGCCGACCUCGUUAGGCUUAUUUCCGCCACAUGGUCCCCCAGUAUUCUUCUCCUGGCCUGGUUAUAUCGCUGUCGUCUUUCCUGUAACGGCUUACGCUCGGACCAUCUUGCCUCAGUACUAGAUAUGUCCCCAAUAGGUGACUGUAAGUUAAUGUUGGAGGAUGGAAUUACUGGUUGUUUAUGGCCUUGGAACCCGACUCCUCCUGCGUCGCGCUCCUUUUCGCAUUUCCCGGCCGACAUUUCGGGCAUUUGGGCAGGAUUAUCCCGGCCAGCCCACACUUAUAGCAGAAAAUGUUCCGCACGUCUGACUCGCACUCAAAAUAUGUGUGCCCCAGCUGAGCGCAAUUCCAGCACUUCAGCUGCGUGCGGUUGCCCCCGGACUCCUUCGUCCUAUAGACUGCAUCCAGCGUCUCUGCCGGUUCAUCUGGGUCGUGAUUAUUUACCUCCAGUUCAUACACCUUGUGGUCUUCUCUACGCCUGUUCGUCCCCUGAUCUGGACCGCUUCUCGCCCAUCGCGUCGACAGCAGCUUCUCGGUGUCUGCACAUUCUUCCCUUAGCUUCUGCAUGUUGGUUAUCUGCAUCGGGUCGUGAUCUGAGAAGGGAUUCAGCAGCCUGGACCUCAACACUAGCAUCUCCUGAAUAUAUAGAUCCGUCGACUCUCCGUGUCGUUGUCGUCGUUCCCUGAGCUCUUGCUCCCGCUCGAAUUCUGUUCGCCGCAAUUGAAAUCGCUGUUGUAGUCCAUAUCGCAGGUUCGGCCAAUCCGGAACUCCUACCGUCCUAACGUGCAUCCAGUACCAAUCCCUCGCAUGGCCGGUUACCAAUGUGUGGAAGGCUUUCAGAACAUCCGACCAUGUUACCUGAUAUACUGACUGUAAAUGCUCUACCCGGAAGAUAAACUCCGCCACGGGCAUCCCCUUUGGAUCGCCAUCGAAGCUGAGUCCCCAUCGACGAAUCUGCACUUGCUCCAGCUUAGCCUCCCCGUUGCUUGGACGAUUCCGGUUAGGGUUUGUUCCUGCACCCCUUGUGUUUGCCAACCAAUCAUCUACCGGUCUCUGUUCCGCAUGGGACCUCUGCUCGGACUCUAACGUGCGGUUGUCUACGAAGAGGUGUGUUGGCUGUGCUUGCUGGUACGAAGGCGCUUGCGGUUCCCCUCUUCCUGGACUGGCUGCGUUCGAUCCCCGAUUCCUUUCGUCCACAUCACUCGGCGUUCGUUCCGCUUUUAGCGAGCCUACUACGGCGUUGAUUCCUCGCAUGAACUCUAGCAUAUCGGCUUGCAUCGAUGACCUUAGCGCCUCCAUUUGCUGCCCAAACGAAGCUCUGUACGUCUCCUGGGCUUGGACUAAUGCCACAUUUAUCGCCGAUCUUAUUUCCGGGGAUAUCUCUUGGUCCUUAUGGGUUCCCUGACCUCCUAUUGCCCCGGCUUCGGCGUCUCCUAGGUAUAACAACUCGUGUUCGUUGUCCGUCCCUUGAGUCACCCCUUCCGGCCUCCCGACGGUUUUCCCGUCCUGGGACCGCGUCGUCGGCAUUCUGUAGGGCUGGUAUCGGCGUUGUGCCU